AUGUCCGGCGUGUGGGUGUUCGACGACAACGGCGUGAUCCGUCUGGCGGCGGCGGAGGGGGAGGCGCGGCGGAGGAAAGUGCUGGUCCACACGCCGACGAACGAGGAGAUGACGUCAUACACGGUGCUGAAAAAUAAGCUGCGUUCCGUCGGGUGGGAGGUCUAUUACGAAGACUCGGAGAUGGUGCAGUUUCACAAGCCCUCCUCCGUGGACCUCAUUUCUCUCCCCGCCGACUUCGCCAAGCUCAAGCCCAGGCACCUAUACGACAUCGUUGUGAGGAACCGUAAUCUUUUCCAAGUUCGAGAUAUCCAGUCCCACUAA